AUGCUCCUCCUCGGCGUCCUUCUUUCAACGUCGUCGCGGUUUCGGCUCAUUGCCAAGGACUUGGCUGGGCAUAUGGAGCUGGUCCAGGAACCGCUCCCUCUGUCUUCCGGCAUGCGAGGGCAGCCGGUUCACUGCAUCAACCCAGCCACCGGCACCGACAACUCGGUGAAGCAUGUGAAGCAGGUGAUCAGGGAAGAGAAAGCGCGGCGCGAGCGGCGUGCACGCGGAGAGCCUGAGACCCCGACGGUGACGGAGGAGGAGGAGCAGGAGGAGGCGGAGGAUCCGGAGGCAAGCGCUGCCCCGGAGGAUGAUCUGCCAGAAGCUCAGCGAGAUGCACCGGAGGCCCAGGCUCCUGCCCGGAAGCAAAGCCUCCUCGAGCAGCUCCUGCAGCAGCAGGUCCUCAAUGAGUCGUCUCUUCGCCGCUUCCUCCCGCAGCAGACGCUUUGCCCGACGACGGCCCUCAGGGAUUUGAACAGCCGCCCCCCUGCUGCGGAGCGGCCGGCUUCUGCUGGGGGCCACUGUGCCGGUUGUGGCGGGCUGCACGUGGUCAGGGAGGAGUUCCCGGAGAAUUUCCCCAGAACUGCCUGUACUUCAGCUAGGAGUCGAAGGAAGAGCGAGCCGGUACCCAAGGUUGCGAACGUGGGUGUCAAGGUGAAGCUCGACAGGCUGGUUGCCAACCGGGCCGCCACCCGUGCCACCGGUGCUGCUACCAGCCAGUCCUGUCUCCGUGCUGCUUGCAGAGCAUCGGCAAAGUCGGGUCGCUACUUGCCUCACAAGAUUCCGGUUAAGUUCUACACCCUGGUCCUGAAUCUGAAGUUGCGUCCUUGCUAA